CACUAUGUAACUACGUUAGGCUUAGCUUUAGCCUUGAGUUCAGUGCUGGGUCUGCAGGUGAGCACCACCCAGCCUGAAAGAUACAAGAGUCUUUUUAAGAAGAAUCUCCCGUAGAUGGUCUUCGUCUGCCAGUCAACCUCUGCCGGAUGCCAGCUGGGUAGCCACCACCACCACCAUGGCCGAGAUGGUCAGCCCGGAGCAUGAGAAACCAGGCGGAACUCAAGUUGCCAGCGCAGCGUCGCUUGCGGACCGCGGAGAGAAUGCACACCGGAAGCGGCCCUGAGAAGUGGACAUGGCGGCUGCCUGUGGCCUCCGCUGGGGCCUGAGCCGAGCUGGAACCUUGUUGCUUCCGCCGUCCGCACGUUGUGCUCGCCGGGCUCUGCACAGACAGGUAGAUGGCACUGAGUUCCAGAGCAUCUACAGCCUGGACAAGCUCUACCCCGAGUCCAAAGGCGUGGAUACCGCCUGGAAGGUCCCGGAGCAUGCAAAACAAACAGGCAGUGACAUCCCUCUAGAUCGGUUGAACAUAUCUUACUGUCGGAGCAGCGGCCCUGGGGGGCAGAACGUUAACAAAGUGAAUUCUAAGGCUGAGGUGAGGUUUCACUUGGCCAGUGCAGACUGGAUCGCCGAGCCUGUCCGCCAGAAGAUUGCACUCAUGCAUAAAAAUAAGAUCAACAAGGCAGGGGAGCUGAUUCUUACCUCUGAGACCAGCCGCUAUCAGUUCCGGAAUCUGGCAGAAUGCCUGCAGAAAAUUCGAGACAUGAUUGCCGAGGCCAGCCAGGAGCCCAAGGAGCCAUCCAAAGAGGACGCUCAGCUUCAGAGACUCAGAAUAGAAAACAUGAAUCGGGAAAGACUACGCCAGAAAAGAAUAAACUCCUCCAUAAAGACGAGCAGGAGGGUGACCAUGGACUGAAGUCACCCACACUGCUGGCAAAGACCGGGGUCCACGCAGCUCUGCAGAGAAGACCCUUCUUGAUUCAGUGGAGCCUUGCCAGAGCGUCCUUUGCAGAGAAGGCUUUGGGUCAUCCAGGGCCACCCCUCUGUUGUGUGCCUCAUGUACUACUAAUAAACCUCUGAGAACAGGA